UCGCAGGGCAAGUUUUGCCUCUGCAAGACAGUCAAGCAUGGAAACUCCUCCCAAUACGACCCCACAGCCUUUCAGACAGCCGAGUUUUCUCAAUCGAAGGUUGAAGGGUUCCAUCAAGAGGGCAAAAAGCCAGCCCAAACUCGACCGGACCAGCAGCUUCAGACAAAUGAUUUUGCCUCGGUUUCGUAGUGCUGACCAAGAAAGGACUCGCUUGAUGCAGAGCUUCAAAGAAUCCCACUCCCACGAGUCUCUACUUUCUCCUAGCAGUGCCGCAGAGGCUUUGGACCUAGUUUUGGAUGAAGACGCCAUAAUCAAACCUGUCCAUUCUAGCAUUUUAGGACAAGAGUACUGCUUUGAGGUAACCACCAGUUCAGGGACAAAAUGUUUUGCCUGCCGUUCAGCUUCAGAAAGAGACAAAUGGAUCGAAAACCUGCAACGAGCUGUCAAGCCAAACAAGGAUAACAGCAGACGGGUGGACAAUGUGCUUAAGUUGUGGAUCAUCGAAGCGCGAGACCUUCCAGCUAAGAAACGCUAUUAUUGUGAGCUGUGUCUGGAUGACAUGCUGUAUGCACGCACCACCAGCAAGCCCCGCACUGACACCGUCUUCUGGGGCGAGCAUUUUGAAUUUAACAAUUUGCCUACCAUUCGUAGCCUUCGUUUGCACCUCUACAAGGAAACAGAUAAAAAAAGACGCAAGGAAAAAAGCACAUACAUUGGCCUUGUUAGCAUCCCCAUAUCCAGCAUUACAGGCAGGCAGUUCGUUGAGCAGUGGUACCCGGUGAUACAAUCCAGUGUUCUGGCCAAAAGUGGUGGUGUUGGAAGUACCAAAGUUAUCAACGCCUCACUACGUAUCAAGUCUCGCUACCAGACAAUGAACAUCCUCCCGAUGGAGCUGUACAAGGAGUUUGCGGAGUACAUUACCAACAACUACCGAACACUGUGUGGAGUUCUGGAGCCUCUGUUGAGUGUGAAGAGUAAAGAGGAGGUGGCAUUUGCACUGGUGCACAUUCUUCAAAGCACGGGGAAGACAAAGGAGUUCCUGUCAGACAUGGCGAUGUGUGAGGUGGAUCGAUUCAUGGACCGAGAGCACCUGAUCUUUCGGGAAAACACACUCGCUACAAAGGCUGUGGAAGAGUACCUCAAACUGAUAGGUCACAGAUACCUCAAGGAGGCUAUAGGUGACUUUAUUCGAGCCUUAUAUGAGUCUGAGGAGAACUGUGAGGUGGACCCCAUGCGUGUCCCACCAUCAGUCCUCGCUGACCAUCAAGCCAACCUUCGAAUGUGCUGCGAGCUCUUACUCUGCAAGAUUAUCAACUCUCUCUGCAUAUUUCCUCGGGAGCUGAAGGAAGUUUUUGCCUCAUGGAGAGCCAGAUGUGCUGAGCGUGGAAGAGAGGAUCUCGCCGACAGCCUCAUCAGCUCCUCCCUGUUUCUUCGCUUCAUGUGCCCAGCCAUCAUGUCCCCCUCCCUGUUCAACUUAAUGCAGGAGUACCCUGCUGAACGCACGUCCCGCACGCUCACGCUCAUAGCCAAGGUGAUGCAGAACCUGGCCAGCUUCACCAAAUUUGGACCUAAGGAAGAAUACAUGUAUUUCAUGAAUGAGUUCCUGGAGAUGGAGUGGGGCUCCAUGCAGCAGUUUCUCUAUGAGAUUUCCAACUUGGACACCGGAGGAAAUGCAGGAGGGUUUGAGGGCUACAUUGACCUCGGCAGAGAAUUGUCCAUGCUCCACAGCUUACUGUGGGAAGUCAUGGGCCAGCUUAGCAAGGAUGCUAUACUCAAACUUGGACCCCUGCCUCGGCUGCUGAAUGACAUCAGUGUCGCUCUGAGGAACCCGCAGCUUCACAUGCCGACAAAUCACCAGCCAGACCGACCGAAGGACAGACUCUUCUCCCGCCCAUCCUUCAAUCGGCUUAUGUCCUCUGAUUUCCAAAGCCUUAUGAUGCGUGACUUAAACAGUUCAAUAGACAUCUCUCGCCUGCCGUCCCCCACUACUGGAGUGUCAGCUGUAGAAUCCCUCACAUCUAAUCUGAACAUGAGGCGCCACGCGGAACGAGACCUUCGCUCGUCGAGGGAGGUAUUCUAUGUGACGCGCCCACCCCUGGCUCGAUCGAGCCCUGCAUACUGCACAAGCAGCUCGGACAUCACAGAACCUGAUCCGAAGGUACAGCAUCAUUAUGUCCACAGUGUAAACAAAAGUGUAUCCAUGAUGGACCUUCAGGACUCUCGCAUGAACAGCAUUUCCAAUCUGAACUCUGUGGGAGACAUGCUCACUUCCUCUCAGGCCUCCAUCGCAGGUCUCGGCCACAGCUUUGGGAACCUCGGUGGUCCCCUUCGUAUGGGAGGGCAUUUGCCAAGUGGUUCAGCGGGCUCUGGUCUGAGAAUAAGCCAGAUGGGUCAUGUAGGGGGGCCCACCGAAUCCAUCUCUCAGCAACAGCAGCAGGCGGCAGCGGCUAUGCACUUCCCCCUGUCUUUCCAGAACCCGCUAUUCCAUCUGGCUGCCCAGAACUCCCCGGCUCAGUCAGCUCAGCCUCCCCCUCCUCUUCUCCUCGCCCCUGAGCCUGAGAAUGGCCAUCACGACUACCCACCGGCCUUUGGCAACAGCGCGUUCUCCCGCAGUGAGGACUUGUCCGCCCUGCGGUCACAGAGCAGUCUGGUACAGCCCAGCAUUGUCCACUCACACAGCUACAGUGAUGAUUUCACCCGGCAGAAUCAGAGCAAUGACUAUGCCUGGCACCAGCUGUCGCUGCAGGUUCAGGAGUCCCUUCAGCAGCAGCACCUGAUGGGAGUCACAUCUCAGACACCCACAGGCACAGGGACGCCCGCCUCUUUGGCCACGCCUCCAACUACAGUCCACCCUGUCCGCCAGACAUCCAUCGCCGCGCAGCACCUCAAGUCCCAGCGGUCCAUUAACACCCCAGCCACUGCCACGCCUCCAAAGGUUCGUCCACAGAGCAGAAACCUCCUCCUCAACUCCUCUGACACAAACCUAAGCGGCAGUCAGCCAAAGUCACGGCAGGCUCAGCAGCAGCAGCCGCAACAGCAGCAGCAGGUGCAGCAGCAAAUGCCGCAGACGCAACAGGAUGGGCAGCUGUCGGUGACAGACAGUCCAGCUCCUGGGCUCCCGUACCAGACGAGCUCCGCCAAAGAGAACCAAGUCCCGCCAGCAGCUGCAGAGGAGGCAACAGACACGCCCACAAAAAGCACCAAGAAGUCUCAGCAGUCACAGCUGCAGCCACCACAGCAGCAUCUGCUCAAGCCAGUUGUCAAUAAGCAGGGUUCUCAAUCCACUCUGAACACUCCGUCCAUGAACGAGCGGACGGUUGCCUGGGUGUCCAACAUGCCACAUCUGUCUGCUGACAUCGAGAGCCUGCGGCCGGACCGUGAGGGCCAGCUGAAAGAGUACUCAAAGAGUAUGGAUGAGUCACGACUGGAAAGGGUAAGAGAAUACGAAGAAGAAAUUCACUCGUUAAAAGAGCGGCUGAAGAUGUCUCAUCGCAAACUUGAAGAAUAUGAGCAGCGACUUCUGUCGCAGGAACAACAGACAAACAAGAUCCUGCAGCAGUAUCAGAACCGCCUGGAAGACAGCGAGCGGCGCCUGAAGCAGCAGCAAAUGGAGAAGGACUCUCAAAUCAAAGGCAUCAUCAACAGUCUAUCAGCCAGGGAUAUGGAUCCUGACUGCCAGUUCCAAAGUGACCAGAGUUCAUGAUGGUCACUUCAGUGUAAGAAGACUGACUCAGACCCUUCCCCCAUCAAGACAAAGCUCUGCAGUGGAUCCAGCAGGACUACUGGAGGCGUCAUCUCACAUUCUUAAAUAAAUACUGACAAAAAAAAAAAUCUUGCACAUAUUCAAACUUAGCCUGUACCAGAACUUGACAAUCAGCUUAGCAUGAGGACCAAUGUGGGAAGUGAAUCUUCUUAUGAGCCAGUGCCACAACAAUGGCAAUACUGUACCUAAUGAGUUUCUUUAUUUAAUUGGAAAAAGUAAGAAGAGGUGUGCAAAACUCUGGGGGACAAAGAUGUAUUCAUGGUGUUCCCUCCUACGAGCAACACGGUUGCUUCUCACUAAGGUGGCUGCAGACAAAAAUGUAAAAUAGGCUUUUUAUAAGCACAAUAUCUCUUCAUGGU